AUGGCCCACAGACCUUCUAAUCUUCUUGGAACGAAGACUGACAUAGAUCAGAACGAGGUACACCAAUUUUCUAUCGAUCAACAACACAGAAAUUCGAAAAGGACACAACGUAAGCGAAGGUGCCCAACAUGUUCGUGUGGCAGUUGCAAUGCGGCUGCGGAUUUCAAUGCCCUAGGGUUUAUGAACGCAAUUAGUGCUUUGUACGGGGGGAUUUCGAACGGGUUUACUGGCGGCUUGACCAUGUUCGGUGGAGUCGUAUCUGGUUAUGGCGGAAUGCUUCCUGGGUUCGGACCUCCAGGUGGAUUUAGUCAAGGUGGUGGAAAUCGCCAACAGAGGCCUUCACAAACCCGUGGUUCGAGUGUAUCCGCGGUGAAUUCAAUUGCCAGUAAAUCAUCUCCUGGUGCAGGUGGAUCUAAAGGCAAACCAGGAAGAUUUUCUCAGCUUCGGGAUGAAGAUAAUUCAACCCCAGAUUCAGAUACAUGGGGGUCUCUCAAAGGUACAAAAAAUACAUUACUCUCAAGUACGCCACCUUCGAAACAUGCAACUGGGGCGAGCUCAACAGUCACCAACCCAGUGUUUGAAUCACAUAGUUCUCAGGUUAGCACUUCACGAACAAACCCUGCCACACAGGUCACCAACGUCUUCAAUCAGGCGAUCUAUAACAUCACUAAUAUUGAGAACAAGCCGAACAUCAGUAUCAUCAAUAUCGAGAACAAACCAACUUUAAAUCUUACUAAUCUUCUGUAUCAGCAAAGCUUGAAUCUGGCGAAUGAAUCAAAUGAAAAUAACCUUGGUAUUGCAAAGGUAGACCGAUAUAGUGUCCGUGGAUCCGAUGUGUCAGUUAGUCCGAAUUCCACUGAUGUAGGCAAGUCGUCAACAGUUGAAGAUGAUGGAGGCAAAGACAAUGAUAUCACAAGCAACGCCACCCAAGCAGAUGGAGGAUGUCAUGAGUGUGCACAAAGCUUCGGCUUGUAA